CAGUCCGGGAGAGCCGGAGCAGCCGGCAGCCAUGUCACGACCACAGACAUAUUGUGUGCGAAGAGCCGAGCGGAUUAAGAAUUUGUACAGAGGCAUAAACUGGCGAGUGAGAACGCUAGUGAGGAAGUACGAAUCGUGCGCACAUUUGAUCCCCGACACUCUGCUGUUCACAGACGACAUUUGCAACAGCAACUGUGCGUGGCAUCAGGCCCACUGUGCCAAGUUUGAGGUAAGUCACUCUGUCGACAGACUGAUAGGAGAACCGCUCAUGGCAGCCCUGUUGGAUGUCAAUGACGCCGCCGCCGCCCGGUGUCGACACUGCCAGCCCGACCAGCCCCUCAGGUUAACCUCCAUCAAUGGAUCGGGCAGCAAUGUCGAGGGUCUGUCGGACGGGGUAGUCGGCCAAGGGGGGACGUCAGACUUCGAUCUGAUGUUCGAGUUCGACGGUCCCUUCCGCUGGGCGGCGCUCGGAAAGAGAGAGGAGCCGGGUGUUAUUAGUCGACAGUCUGCACCACAGCUGUGGGCCCGACCGACCAAAAACCCAGGCUUUGUGACGCUGCACUGGGCCAAGACGACAAAGUGCAGCCACGAAAAGGCACUGGAGGCACUGCCGUCACAUACCAUGCGCAAUAUCAUGCUGAAUUUUUCUCGGGUUCUUUGCGAAGGAGAAAUCAGCACCGCCGGACCGGCGGUCAAUGUCAAGUCACCAUAUGAUAUUACAGACGGCGGUACUGACCACGUGCCCUGUAUCCUGGUGCGCGGGUGGUGGCCGGCAGAAGGCCAGCUCGACGGCUGUCAGCUGGAGGCCGAUUUUCCACCAGCGGCGGCAUGGGAUAACAUCCGUAGGUUCGGUGUGCAUCUUGUGCCGACCGGCCGGCCUGGGAGUGACACCGAGUUCAUCGAGUUUCUGAUUUCCUUCUCACGGGCAGAGUUGGUCGCCAUCCGCCACCUCGCUCCAGUUAUACGAGCGGCUAUCAAGGCUGUAAAAGGCAUGAAAGGAAUUCUGAAAAAGAGCGAGGUGAUGACCGAUGAGGUAAAAUUUAAGUCUUAUUUUAUAAAGACGGCGGGUCUCUGGGUGGCCCAAACUACGCCUGUUGGGAUGUUGAAAGGCAUCACUGACGGUGUCCACAAAAUACUUGAUUGGCUGGAGGAGAAUUUUGCCAUCGGAAGACUACCCUGCUUUUUCGAUCACAACAUCGAUGUGACGGCUGAACUCAGCACAAAAGAGCGACGGGAUAUCAUCGACACCAUACGUCUGAUGAGGGAGCAUGCCACGCUCCUUCUGAUGGCAGUUUGUGAGGAUCAGUGGAGGAACGUGGAUCUGCUGCUGGAGGGCGGGACGGAGCCGCUCUCAGAACGUGAGCUGCGGCUCCGUCUGUUACGGACGCUCGUCCAACAGGCUGUAGUGGACGGUGUCGGUUACCGCCCCACGGCUCCGUGGUGGGAGUACUGGUGGAAGGCGAGCAUCCCUCCGCUGGUCCGCACGGCACCACUUCUACUACAGUGGUGGCACUACAGCAACUCAGGAACAUACAACCAGCAGUGUUAUCUGUUCAUGGCGUGGGUCGUGGUCGACCCGGCGGACCUGGUAGGCGAGACGCUGAUGACGUCAUCAGUCAGCGACAUCGUCACGCUGGACGUAACCCCCCUGAUACAACUCCUCACCAGGUCCGACCUGGAGUUCCUGCUGGGUGACCCGGACAGGGUGGCCACCUGGUGUAGUCUGCAGCUGCGGCGGCCGCUGGAGGAGCGGCCGGCCGGACUGACCGCCGAGCUGGACACGCCGCGGGGCCGUGCCGAGCUGCUGCUACGGCCCGAGCUGCUACUGCAGGCUGUCCGCGUGAACGCGCCGGGUAAGAUGGACAUGUGGCGAGAUGAGGACCGGAGAAUGAAGAACUGGUGGAUGGGGAAUGCGCACCUACCAAUGCGCACCUACCAGGAGACCCGGGAGCUGUUGGAGCAGUUCUUCAAUACCAACCUUCAUUGGCAGCUCCGUGACCUACUGCCAGAGAUGGACGCCGUGUCGGUGGCCACCACGGCCGGCCUCAAGCGCCGCCGGCUGCAGCAGCUGCUGUCCGGUGACCGGCUUCGUACGGCUUAUGACGCCGCCACCGGCUGGUGGCCGGACCGAUGGGAGAUGACGCCGUACUGCCUGGCAGUGGACGAGACCGACUCACAAGACUCGGAACGGGAUGACGACAACGGAGAGGUCGGUGGUGAGGAGCGGCGCGGCGCAGACGAGAAGCAGACAAUGGAGGGUCUGCCUCGCCCUCAGCGAGAGAAAUGGCAGCAGCUGGAGCGACAGCACCAGCAGCUGUGGCAGGAGCUGGACCGGCGGGGCUACGAGAAGAAGAAGAGUCUGAACCAGCAGCAUGAUGAAGAGUGCCGGAGUAUGGAGCGACGUCAUGACAAAAAGUGGCGGAGCAUGGAAAUGCGGCACCAUGACGAGCGGAAGAGCCUCCAACAGCGACACGAGAGUGUUACCAUGUGCGUGGAGCUACAGAAUCAGGAGCACUCGAAUCAAGAGAGACGUAGGAGACAUUUGGAGCUUCUGGAUCGGAAAAACCGAAGGGAUAGGGCAGUGCUUGAGCGACAGCACCAGAUAGAGUGGGGAGACCUGGAGCAGAAGGUCCAAAGGCAGUGGAACAAGCUGAAGCAGAGACACCAAAGCGAGUCACAAGAGCUGAAGGAGAGGUACCCGAACAUCCGGACAGGGGAGGAGUUGGCUCGGCUGAUGGAGGAGUGCAGCAGGAGGCGUCAGCACCUGGGGGAGGAGUUGGGGAAGGAACUGGAGAAGGAACUGGAGUUGGAGCUGGAGAAGGAGCUCGGGAAGGUGCAGGAGGAGGAGCUGGAGAAUGGACUGAAGCUGGAGGAGGAUGAAGAGCCAUUGGUGCGAGCCCCCAAGAACCAUGAGCGGCAACAGAAACAGCAACAACAUGGCCAACAACAAAGGCAGCAGCAACAACAACAUCAAGAAGAAGAACAACGUCAGGGGCGGCAGCCGAGCCGGAACGUUGAACAUCUCAGGAACCUAAUAGAGGUCACCCGAAGACACCGCCAGCAGCGUAUCCAGCUCCAGGAGCGGCACAACCAGGAGCUGGAGGAGCAGAGGAGACGUCACCGACAUGAGAGGAAGGAUCUGGAGCGGCGCCUCGGCUGUCGGCGGAACAGCCAGGAGCGGCGCCACGGAAAGUGACCGACGAUAUCAGCAGAGUCGCGGACCACCCCGAGGAGGCGCCACUGUGGAGAACAAGUCGAGGGUCAGUGAUUUGUGGUGCCAGAGAAGUUCAAAAUGUGUCGACUGUGUAGAUAUUGGAAAUAGAAAAUACAUUGACCAAUAUUGUAUAUCAUCACCGUUGCAUUGAAGACAGGAAAUUACAAAUAUAUACAUAGGUGAGUGUUGGUAUCAUUGUGUACAAAAUGGCGAUUUUUACGAUGCUCAUGACGUGUAAAUAAUUGCACAGUGGAUGUGUUACAGGGUGACGUAUGUUGUGAUACACGUACAAAUUGUUGUUCGAUGAUGUCAUUUAUUGGAAUGGGCUCAGUUUGGGCUCAGUGAACACUCACUGUUGUUGAUGAUACUCACUGAUGUCAGUGAACACUCACUUUUUAUGAUACAUGUCUUGUGUAAUGUGCAUUCUUGUAAAAACUAUGUAGACAUUAGGAGUUGUACCGAUCGGUAGGUACAUACAUACGAAUCUGUACCGAAUCAUUACAUAGCAUCCGUUGGAUGUGGUGGCCACUGGAUGUAGUGUUAAUAUAAUGUUAGCAAGCCACGA